AUGUAUCUGAAGGUGGUUGUAGUAUCGUUUGUCGUGUUGCUUUUGGGCGCACUCAUCGGUUUCCUAGCAUUUCCCAUGCUAUUUCAGGAACUGGUGAAGCGAAGCGUAAAUUUAAAACCUGGCAGUGAAACGCGUCAGAUGUGGGAAAAGUUGCCAUUUCCCAUGAUCUUCAAGCUCUACGUCUUCAAUGUAAGCAAUCCGCAGGAGAUUGAGGCUGGAGGCAAACCCAGGCUGCAAGAAGUGGGACCGUUGGUAUUCGAGGAGUGGAAGGACAAGUUUGAUGUGCUGGACAUAGAAGAGGAGAAUGCGAUUAGCUUCAAGAUGCGCAACACUUUCAUUCUGCGUCCCGAUUUGGGUCUCAACGGUGACCAGUUAAUAACAAUGCCGCAUCCGCUGUUGCAGUUCAUGGCCAUUGGCACCUUGGGACAAGCUGAGGAGCUGCAGGCAGCUGUUGCCAUGGGUCUGGAACUCAUCUUCCAGCCACGCAGCGCCUUCAUCACAGCCACCUUGAUGCAGCUCUUUUUUGACGGCAUCGAUGUCAACUGCGCACAUGAGGAGCCUGCGGCACAAGCCAUCUGUCAGCAGUUCCAUGCGGGCGCUGUGCCUGGUGCAGUUCCAGUGAAUGCCACGCACUUUAAAUUCUCGCUAAUGGGAGCGGGAAAUCACACAAAUGCUGGCAGCUUUAAAGUGGCUCGUAGUCGCUCCAAAGGCACAACAGUGGGCCGUGUGCUGCAGUUCAAUGGCGCGGAUCAGUUGCAAGUGUGGACGGAAACGUUCAAUGGCAGCAGCUGCAAUCGAUUCCGCGGCACCGAUGGCACCAUCUUUGCGCCCUUUAUGCGACCCCAGCAAGGACUCUGGAGCUACUCUCCCCAAUUGUGUCGCUCGCUGUCGCCCAAGUGGCUGGGCAAAACCAGCUACAAUGAGCUGCCGGCGCAGCGUUAUGAGCUCAGCCUUGGUGCAUCGCGCCUGGAACCAGACUGGUCCUGUUACUGCACAAGUUAUCCGGAUGAUUGUCCUGCUGAUGGCACCAUGGAUCUAGUGCGAUGCAGUGGUUUGCCCAUGGUUGCUUCUUUGCCGCAUUUUUUUCAAGCACAGCCAGAGUUGGUGACACAAGUGGAAGGUUUGUGGCCAUCAAAGGACAAGCAUGCGAGUACAUUGAUCUUUGAGCAGUUAUCCGGCACUGUGCUCUCCGUGUUCAAUCGCCUGCAGUUCAGCUUGAAGGUAUCGUCAGUGCCGCAAGUAGCAGUGAUGUGUCAGCUGCGCAAUCUCACCAUGCCGCUCUUCUGGAUCGAAGAAUCGCUGCAGCUGGAUAAAACUAUCACAGCAGUGCUGCACAAAAAGAUAUUUAGCGUGUUGAGUGCCAAUAAUUUGUUCCGCUGGCUGGCCAUUGGAUUGGGCAGCUUGGGCUGUGCAUUGGGGGGACUUUUUCUGCAUCUUCGGCGCGGCGAUGCGAAGCGCGUGGGCGCCUCCGAGGAGCAGUAA